GGUCUGUUUUCUGUAGUCGGAGAGGAAGAAAAAUGGCGGCUGCGACCGAUCAGAAGCGGGACGCCAGCCAUUCGUUUUGAGCUUUCUCACGUAAACCGAGACCGGGGCUUUACGGGACUACUUCUUUGGAAUCUACGCAAAUCAAGCUUUCUGGCGGUACCCGUUUUUCUUGUUUCUGUGAAGGCUAAAUAAACGCAGAAAUUGAAAUUGAAAAUAAUAGCUUUUAUAUAUAAUGAGGGGGAAAAGAGGCAGGCCGCCCAAAACCCUGCGGAUGCAGGAGCCUUCAUCCGAGCCGGAGCGUGGCUUGAGACCCAGGAGGGAGUUGAGGGCAAAGGGGAGAGGUAGUGCCGAGGUCGAUUUUGAGAGUCCCAAGAGGGGAAAUAACUCUUCGUCUAGGGGCAGGAGGAAAGUGGGAUCAUCUCGCGGUAGGGGAAGAGGCAGAGGUUGUGGUGGCAGAGGUACUAGGGGCAGACGGUCAAUCGCUAGAUCUGUGGUUUAUGAUGACCAUGAAAGUGAUGAAGAUGAUGAUGCUGUGAGUUUGAGAUCUGAGGAGGACGAGUUGAUAGAGGAAGAGACGAUAACAGACGAGGAAGAAGAGGCCCUCAACGAGGAGUCAGACCCGCUUGAGGAAAUACUCGAGGAGGAUGAUGAUGAUGCCAGCUACUGUACUGAAAGCAGCUUUCGGAGUCAGAGCACUCAUGGCAGCACUCCGGGGCGGAAGAGGACGCGGGUGCACUGCCCUCGCUCGCCCAUCUUUGAGGAAAAGGAGAUCUCUCCUCUGGAGCUGCCCAGAACCUCUGAGGAUCUCAUGGUGCCCAGCGAGGAACUGCUCAACGUGUCCUCCAUCUACGAGGUCCUGCGCAACUUCAGCACAGUUCUGCGGCUCUCUCCCUUCCGCUUUGAGGACUUCUGUGCUGCGCUGGUAGGCCAGGAACAGUGCACGCUGAUGUCAGAGACCCACACAGCCCUACUGAAGGCCAUCCUGCGUGAGGAGGACACCUCCAACACCACGUUCGGUCCUGCUGACCUCAAGGACAGCGUCAACUCCACCCUCUACUUCAUUGAUGGUAUGACAUGGCCCGAAGUGGUCCGUGCCUACUGCGAGAGCGACCAGGAGUACCACCAUGUCCUGCCCUACCAGGAGGUGGAGGACUACCCAUAUGGCCCUCUGGACAGUAAGAUCAAGGUGCUGCAGUUCUUGGUGGAUCAGUUCCUCACCACCAAUAUCGCCCGCGAGGAGUUGAUGUCAGAGGGGGUGGUGCAGUAUGAUGACCACUGCAGGGUGUGCCACAGGUUGGGGGACCUGUUGUGCUGUGAGACCUGCUCUGCUGUCUACCACCUGGAGUGUGUGAAGCCGCCGCUGGUAGAGGUGCCGGAGGACGAAUGGCAAUGUGAGAUCUGCGUGGCACACAAAGUGCCCGGGGUCACAGACUGUGUGACAGAGAUGCAGAAGAGCAAACCCUACAUCCGCCAGGAGCCCAUCGGCUACGACCGCCACCGGAGGCAAUACUGGUUCCUAAACCGAAGGAUAAUUGUUGAGGAAGACGGGGAGCAUGAUAAGAAGAAGAUCUGGUACUACAGCACAAAGGUCCAGCUGGGAGAGCUGAUAGAGUGUCUAGACAAGGAGUACUGGGAAAACGACCUGUGUGCUGUCCUCGAGGAGAUGCGAGAGGAGGUGCACACUCACAUGGACAUCACUGAGGACCUCACCAACAAGGCCCGCGGCAACAACAAGGCCUUCCUCACGGCAGCCAACGAUGAGAUCCUGGAGCGUGUGCAGGGCAGGCAGGAACGGCGAGCACCGGAGCAGGCAGAGAAGGCCACUACAGACACCACCAAGAUAGAGGAAGAGACCCCCACACACUGCUCUCCACUAUCAGACCACAGAGAGCUUCAAGACUCAGAGUCUAAAGAGGAGGCAAGCUCACAAGAGGAUAAGCCUGUAGACUCCGAGUCCCAUGGAGAGGAGGACCCCUCUGCCCAGUGCCAGCCUACUCCCCCACCACCACACCCUGGAGACGAGAACAGCAACAGCAGCCACGUCUCAGCACCUGGGGUCCUCAGGAGGCCUGAAGAGCCAAACCUCGCUGACAGGUCCUCUCAGUCCUCCAUCACCAGCCAGGACGACACGGUUGAAGGCAAGGAGAUUGGGAAUGGUGAGGGGUCAGCGUCUGGAUGGACUAACAAUCGCAUAGUGACUCGUCUGCGUAACCCGGACAGCAAGCUGAGCCAGCAGAAGACCCAGGGAGAUGGCAGCCCUACACCCAGGGACAGCAAGGAGACAUCUCCUGCCAGCUCUGAGAGUGAAGUGGCUCGUCUGGGUACUGUGAGGAAAGACUUGACGGAGAAGGGCAACCUGAACAACUUCUUCAAGCUGGGCCAGGAGGGCAAGUUCCGAGUCUACCACAACCAGUUCAGCACCAACACACUGGGCCUCAACAAGCACCAGCAUCGUGAGGACCACGACAAGCGCCGCCACCUCUCCCAUAAGUUCAGCCUAACCCCCGCCGGGGAUUUCAAGUGGAACGGCUCCAUCCACGGCUCCAAAGUGCUGACCAUCUCCACCCUGCGGCUCACCAUCAUCCAGCUGGAGACCAAUGUCCCCGCCCCCUUCCUGCACCCAAACUGGGCCUCGCACAGGACAAACUGGAUUAAAGCGGUGCAGAUGUGCAGUAAGGCUCGGGAGUUUGCCUUGGCGCUGGCCAUCAUGGAGUGUGCCAUCAAACCAGUGGUCAUGCUGCCUGUCUGGAAAGAUGCACUUGGACACACCAGGCUCCAUCGCAUGACCUCCAUGGAGCGGGAGGAGAAAGAGAAGGGGAAAAAGAGAGAGAAAAAACUGGAGGACGAGGAGACUAUGCAGCAGGCCACCUGGGUGAAGUACACCAUCCCCAUCAAACACCAGGUGUGGAAGCAGAAGGGGGAGGAGUACAGAGUAACUGGGUACGGGGGCUGGAGCUGGGUCAGUAAGACUCACGUCCAUCGCUUUGUUCCCAGGCUACCAGGGAACACCAACGUCAACUACCGCAAAGCACUCGAAGCAGCUAAAACUGGCAAAGAAAAUGCAAUAUCCUGCCCGAACAAACAAAAAUGUUUGCCCAAAGCACCAACGAGCUCGGAAACCCAGGCAAAAGAAGAGUCUACUCCAAUUACUGAAGAAAAAGACCAGGAGGAAACCUCCAACAUGGAGUCAUCUGGGAGCACUUUACCAGGAGAGGGGCAGACUCUGAAAGAGAAGAAAGAGAAAAAUAUCACAGACGUGGAGGAGAAGAAAGAUGAUCAGGAGGAAACCUCCACCAUGGAGUCAUCUGGGAGCACUUUACCAGGAGAGGGGCAGACUCUGAAAGAGAAAAAUAUCACAGACGUGGAGGAGAAGAAAGAUGAUCAGGAGGAAACCUCCACCAUGGAGUCAUCUGGGAGCACUUCACCAGGAGAGGGGCAGACUCUGAAAGAGAAGGAAGAGAAAAAUAUCACAGACGUGGAGGAGAAGAAAGAUGAUCAGGAGGAAACCUCCACCAUGGAGUCAUCUGGGAGCACUUCACCAGGAGAGGGGCAGACUCUGAAAGAGAAGGAAGAGAAAAAUAUCACAGACGUGGAGGAGAAGAAAGAUGAUCAGGAGGAAACCUCCACCAUGGAGUCAUCUGGGAGCACUUUACCAGGAGAGGGGCAGACUCUGGAAGAGAAGGAAGAGAAAAAUAUCACAGACGUGGAGGAGAAGAAAGAUGAUCAGGUGGAGGAGAAGACUGAGGACAAGAUGGAUGUUGACCCCAGUCCACCAGACACCUGUCUCAGUGAGGAAAAAGGUAUAGUGGACAGCAAAUGCCCCUCGUCACUGACUGACCCUGCUGUGAAGGAGGAGCCCGGGGAGGAAGAAGAACCUAAGCAGGAGGACUCUGAGGCCAAGCCACCUGUCCGCCCCUUCAACUGGGAUGUGGUGAACGUCAGCGAGGGCUUCCAGCUCCGUACGGCCUACAAGAAGAAGGUGAAGACGUCCAAGCUCGACGGGCUGCUGGAGCGCAGAGUGAAACAGUUCACCCUGGAGGAGAAGCAGAGGCUAGAGCGCCUCAAACAGCAGUCAGCCCUGGCCAAACACACAGUCUCCAAGGAGAAAGUUAACACAGGGACUCCCACCACCAUCAAGGCUUCUACAACAGACAAGUUAGCAGUGACACCGUGCACAAGUCUGAAAGCUGAGGGACAAGCAGCCUCAGUAGUUAAAGACACAAUUGUUAAAAGGCUUGACUUUGACCAGGAGCAGCCAGUGAAAUCCCAGGCCUCAGGAGAGACAGAUAAUCUGGACGUCAGAUUAGGCUCCACCUGUAAACCCCAGGCAGCAGGAGCCACAGGCCCCAAGCUCAACACCACAGGGUUGGCCAACCAUGAGAGCAGCGUUCAGGGACAUGGUGGGGAUGCGUUAUCUCAAACAGAGCUGAAUGGAGGCUCCCAGAAAAGCAUAGACCUCAACAACAAAGUCAAUUUGACAUCUGUAGAACCGGCUUUAGGUGCGGCCAAACCUCCCAGAGCAGAAGUGACGAUAGCAGGAGAAAACGGUAGGAAGCAUGGUUAUGAGGAGACAGAGCAAGGUAAUGGACAGAGGGAGAUAGAAAGCAAACCACAUUUAGUGCAGGUGAAUGGGAAAGACGCUGUUGACACCAAGGCUCCUGUAGACUCAAAGAUGCACUUAAACCUGGCCAACAAAGUGGACACAAAGGUCAUGCUCCAGACGUUAGAGGGUGAGAUCAAAACACUGCCAGUGAAGGAGCCUGUAAAAUCCAUUAUGAACGGUACUCUCUCUCAGGACGGGUUAAAGGUCAACAACACUGUGUUAGCCACCAGCCCAGCCUCGGCGGACGUAGAGAGAAGGGUUGUGGUGUCCGAGCCUGACUAUCUGCCACCUCAGAAGGUUGCCAGACUGGAGAAUAAUGGCGACAGGGUGGCAGACUCCUUCACGUCGUCACUGUUAGGGCCGCCCACUGGUGUUCCCACGGUAAGCAACAGCACCAAGUCUGAGCCAAUGGAGAUUGGGCAGACGGCAUCCAAUAAGAUCACCCCGUUUCCUAUCCCCACUGCAGAGGAGUCCAGCUUGAGUAACAACACCACAGUGAACAGCAGUAGCAGUACUGGGGUGCUGAAGACCAUCACCCAAGUCACCACAACCACUACUACCACCAUGUCAACAGAGUCUCGCACGGUGCAGAUAGCCGAGGUCUCCAGCAGCACUAAGCCUGCAGUGACGCCUGCAGUGACGCCUGCUGCAGAGAGCAGUGCUGUAUCCACCCUCACCACCAUGACCAAGACCACCGUCACCAGGGUCAGCUCCCCGACCCUCGGGGCCACUGUCUCCGAGGAGACCAAGACUGUUGUCACUGCAAUGUUGACAGAUGCCAAAUCUGGCCCCUCAGGCUCUUCAGUCACCUCCAUGACAGUCAGUAAGGAGUACUCCACCAGAGACUGUGUCCGGCUGCUAAAGUUCUCCCGCUCCAAGAAGACCCGCUCUGGCACGGCCCUCCCCUCCUACCGCAAGUUUGUCACCAAGAGUAGCAAGAAGAGCAUCUUUGUACUGCCUAAUGAUGACCUGAAGAAGCUGGCGAGGAGAGGGGGUAUCAGAGAGGUACCUAUCUUCAACUACAACGCCAAACCAGCUCUGGACAUCUGGCCCUAUCCCUCCCCCAGACCCACCUUUGGAAUCACGUGGAGAUACCGUCUCCAGACUGUGAAGUCUCUGGCGGGGGUCAGUCUGAUGCUGCGGCUGCUCUGGGCCUGCCUGAGGUGGGAUGACAUGGCUGUCAAGCCCUCCCCUGCUGUAGGAACCACCCGCACAGAAUCCUCGGAGACGGCGAUCACCACAACAGAGAUCAUCAAGCGGCGAGAUGUGGGGCCGCACGGCAUCCGGUCUGAAUAUUGCAUCAGGAAGAUCAUCUGCCCAAUUGGCGUUACCGAAGCUCCCAAAGAAACUCCCACUCCCCAGAGGAAAGGCCUGCGCUCCAGCGCUCUGAGGCCAAAGAAGCCUGAGCCGGCCAAGCAGACUGGACCCAUCAUCUUAGAGACGUGGGUGGCCGAGGAGGAGCUGGAGAUCUGGGAGAUCAGAGCCUUUUCAGAAAGGGUAGAGAGGGAGAAGGCCCAGGCUGCAGACCAGGCUAAGGUUAGUAGAACGCUGAAGACAGCAGAGGAGGCCAAGGCCCAAUUGGAGGCUCAGCUAAAGCACCAGAGAUUGGCUGCUCAGCAGAAACGGUUGGAGCAACAGAAGCCUGGUGCCUCCACCCCCACCAGCACCCCUACAACCUCAGCCUCUGGCACUCCGGCAUCCCUGACCAGCCAGGUCACCCCGGGGACUAAACUGGUCCUGGCCACUAAGCUGGGGACACCUGUCACAUUCCAGCAGAACAAGAACUUCCAUCAGUCGUUUGCUUCCUGGGUCAAGCAGGGCCAGGGUAGUCCAGUCUCCACUUGCUCACGUGCCACCGUGGCCAACAGCAUGGUCACCACCUCUGGACAAACGUUCCAGAUCUCUGCCAGCCCAGUGACCAUGGCUGGCCAGGUCAUCACCGCCAAGCUACCCAUCCCGGCCAACAGCAAGAUUGUUACGGUCAACAUGCCAACCACACAAGGAGGUAUGGUGCAAGUCCAGCAGAAUGUCCUGGGCAUAAUUCCAUCCAGUACCCCAGGCAACCAGCGGACCUACUCCUCAUUCCAGAACCGCAACGCCACCAUCAACAUCAGACCCAACACCUCCACCUCAACCACCACUCAACCGGUCAUUGCCACCGGAGCCCAGAUCCGUCCGGGCAUGUCGGUCAUCCGAUCGCCCCUGCAGCAGGGCACCACCAUGGGCAAAACCAUCAUCAGAACCCCCUUGAUGAUGCAACAAGGUAUUCUACCAGCCAGCCAGCAGCAGGUGGUGACUCAGAUCAUCCGGGGCCAACCUGUCUCCACAGCAGUUUCCAGUGCCAGCCCUGUGCAGACCAACGCAGGCCAGAGGAUGCUGGGUGCUGCCCCGUCCCCCCAUCCUGUCACCCCUGCCACCGGGCAGUCCCCAUCACCAUCCACCCCCCAAGGCGACCGACCACAGCAGGGCCAGGUCAAACUCACCCUGGCACAGCUCACCCAGCUAACGCAGGGGGCACAGGGAGGGAACCAGGGUCUCACAGUAGUAAUCCAGGGACAGGGACAGACCACAGGCCAGCUGCAGGUCAUCCCCCAGGGGGUGACAGUCAUCCCAGGCCCUGGGCAGCAGCUCAUGCAGGCUGCCAUGCCCAACGGCCAGGUGCAGCGCUUCCUCUUCACCCCAGGGGCAUCAGCCCCCACCCCCGCAACCACGGCCAGUGCUGCUGUCACCCCCGUCACAGCCCCCACAACAACACCCUCAGUGCCAGCGCUGUCUCAGCCUCCGGUUCAGACUCCCGCCACCUCUCAAGCACCGGCACCACCAGUCCAGCCCCCUCAACAGGCUAUCGCUCCUGUCCAGCCCCCUCAACAGGCUAUCGCUCCUGUCCAGCCCCCUCAACAGGCUAUCGCUCCUGUCCAGCCCCCUCAACAGGCUAUCGCUCCUGUCCAGCCCCCUCAACAGGCUAUCCAGCUCCUGUCCAGCCCCUCAACAGGCUAUCGCUCCUGUCCAGCCCCUGUCCAGCCCCCUCAACAGGCCGCUCCUGUCCAGCCCCCUCAACAGGCUACCGCUCGCUCCUGUCCAGCCCCUCAACAGGCUACCGCUCCUGUCCAGCCCCCUCAACAGGCUACCGCUCCUGUCCCCCCUCAACAGGCUAUCGCUCCUGUCCAGCCCCCUCAACAGGCUAUCGCUCCUGUCCAGCCCCUCAACAGGCUAUCGCUCCUGUCCAGCCCCUCAACAGGCUAUCCAGCCCCCUCAACUGUCCAGCCCCCUCAACAGGCUAUCGCUCCUGUCCAGCCCCCUCAACAGGCUAUCGCUCCUGUCCAGCCCCCUCAACAGGCUAUCGCUCCAGUCCAGCCCCCCCCUCAACAGGCUAGCCCCCCUCAACAGGCUCCAGUCCAGCCCCCUCAACAGGCUAUCGCUCCAGUCCAGCCCCCUCAACAGCCUAUCGCUCCUGUCCAGCCCCCUCAACAGCCCUUGCUCCUGCCCCCUCCAGUGUCCACACAUCAGACUCAACCCCCUCAGACUCAAGUCCACAUCCCCCUCCAGUCCCGCACUGCAUUACCCAUCCAGCAGAUAGCCCAGAUCCCAACCUCUCCACAACAGGUCCAUCUGAAGACACUCUCGGUCUCCCCCUCUAUCACCCAGGCCACAGUGAGGCCCAUCCAGGCCCAUGCUCAACUCCAGCCCCAGGUUACGGCUCAGAUCAGGCCCCAGCAGCAGCUGCAGCUCCACCACCAACACCAGCUGAUCACAGUGCCGGGGCUGCAGCAGCAGGUCCAGGUGCUGGGCACCAUCCAGACCCACGUGGCGGCCCAGCUCCAGGCCCAGCAGGGUGGGGCAGUGCCCCAGCAGAUCAAGCUGCAGCUGCCUAUCCAGAUCCAGCAGGCAGGAGGCCAGAUGCAGGCCCACCAGAUCCAGAACGUGGUGACCAUCCAGACAGCCAGUGUGCAGGACCACCUGCAGAGGAUCCAGCAGCUCAGAGAGCAGCAGCAGAAGAAGAAGCAGCAGGAGGCCAAAAGGGAGCAGAGCCUGCAGGCCUCCAGCCCCAGCGACAUCAUCCAGAAACAGGUGGUGAUGAAGCAGAAUGCUGUGAUAGAAAAUCUGAAACAGAGGAAGACCAUGACUCCAGCGGAGCGGGAGGAGAACCAGAGAAUAAUCGUCUGCAACCAGGUUAUGAAGUUCAUCCUGGACAAGAUCGACAAGGACGAGAAGCAGGCGGCUAAGAAGAGGAAGAAGGAGGAGUCUGUGGAGCAGAAACGCAGCAAACAGAAUGCCACCAAGCUCUCGGCUCUGCUCUUCAAGCACAAAGAGCAGCUCAAGGCUGAGAUCCUGAAGAAGAGGGCUCUACUGGACAAGGAGCUGCAGCUGGAGGUUCAGGAGGAGCUGAGGAGGGACAUCAGCAGGCUGAGGAAGGAGAAGGAGAAGGCCCAAGCUGCAGCCUCUCAGGCAGCCGCUGCUGCAGCCGCAGCCCAGGUGGUCUCAUCCCUCUCCCCCACCAUGGCCUCGCUCUCCUCCACCCACAAACGCAAGAGGGACGACGAGAGGGACUCGUCCUCCGCCAAGCCCAAGAAGAAGAAGAUGAUAUCCACUACCUCAAAGGAUCACAAGAAGGAAGUCAAGCUGUACUGUGUCUGUAAAACACCCUAUGACGAGGCCAAGUUCUACAUUGGGUGCGACCUGUGCUCCAACUGGUUCCACGGUGCGUGUGUGGGCAUCACGGAGAAGGAGGCCAAGAAGAUGGACGACUACGUCUGUAAUGGCUGCAAGCAGGGACAGGACUCACAGGACUCGGAGGGCACCACGGAGGAGCUGUACUGCAUCUGCCGGACGCCAUAUGACGAAACACAGUUUUACAUUGGCUGCGACCGUUGCCAGAACUGGUACCACGGGCGCUGUGUGGGCAUUCUGCAGAGUGAGGCCACCCACAUAGACGAGUACGUGUGCCCGCAGUGUCAAUCCACGGAGGACGCCAUGACCGUCCUCACACCGUUAACCGACAAGGACUACGAGGGUUUAAGAAGAAUCCUGCGCUCCUUACAGGCUCACAAAAUGGCGUGGCCGUUCCUUGAACCAGUCGAUCCCAACGAUGCUCCUGAUUAUUAUGGCGUUAUAAAGGAACCCAUGGACCUCUCCACAAUGGAAGACAAAUUACAGAAACGGUAUUACAACAAGCUCACUGAGUUUGUGGCGGACAUGACCAAAGUCUUUGACAACUGCCGCUACUACAACCCCAACGACUCCCCCUUCUUUCAGUGUGCCGAAGUUCUCGAGUCAUUCUUUGUACAGAAGCUCAAAGGUUUCAAAGCUAGCAGGUCUCAUAACAACAAACUACAGACUUCGACCUCUUAGUAUAUACCACAUAUUUGAACAACAAAAAAAUGCACUCUGCGAGAAUGGGGAUCAAUUCUGAACAAUUAAUCCAUGUUGGGACCUGGCUCCUGUGCUUUGUGACCUCCACUCCUCUCCCUCCUUCUGGCCCCACUACGCAGCCCCCAAAGGAAGACUCCCCUUGUAAGACCAGCAGCGCUGCUCCCACAGAACUGUCAGGUGGAGCUGCUGCCUGCCCACCUCUGCCACAUGGACAUUUGACAAGGUGUUAAAAUGGAGGGUUUGAAUAAAGGCAUUUCUGAAAAAGGUUACCUUGAAGAAAAUACUUUCUUUGGAGAUCUCACGUUUCCUUGUUCCUUCUUCUUUAUUUGAUUCUUUGAUACCCCAUCUAGCCAGUUGAAGAAAUUAAGAAAAGCUUACGCUUCCAUGGCCAUGCCCAUAACAAAACAAAAAAACAUUUGACGCCUGUUUGAACGUUGAAAAAUGUUGAGCGGAGUUGCACUCAGUGUAUCAGAUUGCACAGUGCACUUAUGUGUUACUCCCCUUUCAAUCACUUUAUUAGAGGUGGUGUGAAAGAUAUCUCAUUGGGAAGUACUUGCUUGAUUUUGGACCUUCUAGCUUUCUGGACACUAACAGUUUGAGUUUCAGUCAAGCUAUGCUGAAAUGAAUAAAGUAUUUGGUAUUAAUUUCCCAGCAGUAAUGACACUGCUAAGGAUAAAAACACAUGUAUUUGAAGGUAUCCUGCCCUGUUUGUAAAACUUGUCAGAUUUUGAGUUUUUGUAUUACAGCUGAAGAGAUUGAUGUAUAUGAAACAUAAUAAAUGGAGAAGACUGAGCUCUCUUCCACUACUGAAA